AUGGCGAAACUUUCUUUGAGAAUUGUGAAGAAUUUGAUGAAAGAAGGAUUAAAGUUUGGAGAUGUUGUCGGUUUGGUUGUGAAGAACACAACAUACGUUGCUCCACUUGUGCUUGCAUGUCUUCUCGGUGGAUUUCCAGUGUCAACUCUCGAUCCAACUUUUGACGAUAAUGAAGUCGCAAACAUUUUCAGACAAACGAAUCCCAAAAUGGUUUUCUGUGAUCAUGACAAUUUCGAAAUCGUGGUUGAUGCAAUGGAAGUUACCAAUAACGACAGCGACAUUUACAUAGUUGAUGAGAAAACUACAGGCACCCCACAUGGUUUUGGAAUCGAUGGAACAAAACUUUGUUCAGUAAUUUUAUGCAGUUCUGGAACGACAGGAUUGUCUAAAGGAACGAUGCUUUCAAGUGCACAAUGCAUUCAAAUGACGAAUCCAUUCCCACAAGUUCUAAAUCCGACUUUCCUCUGUUUCAGUUCACUUUAUUGGUUGUCUGGUUUUACAUCUUUGAUGUAUUCACUUGCAAAUUGUUGUAAACGUGUCAUUUCAAGACGCAAAUUUUCUCCCCUUUUCAUGGUUCAUUUAAUUGAGAAAUAUAAAGUGAACGUCAUUAUUGCACCUCCAUCACAAGCGAUUUUACUCAUACAAUCGCCAGUAAUGAAACUUGCUGAUUUGAGUUCAAUAAGAAUUUUCAUGAUAGGCGGUGGAGCUUUAGCACAGCAAUUUAGAAAAUCUCUUCAAGAACAUUUACUGUAUGGAACUCUCAUUUUCGCUUAUGGAAUGACUGAAAUUGGUGGAUUAGCUUCUAUGACUUUACCUUUUCAGAAGCCUUCAAACUCUGUUGGAAAAAUAACUCCGAAUGUCAAAAUUAAGAUUGUCGAUGAAGAUGGAAAUAUUUUAGACACAAAUGAUAUUGGCGAGAUUUAUGUGUUGUCACCCACAAUGUUUAUUGGAUAUGCAAAUAAUCCUGAAGCUACUAAGAGUUCGUUUGAUGCUUAUGGUUGGUAUAAAACUGGUGAUCUCGGUUAUAUUACUGUGGAUGGAGAAAUUUUCGUUAUUGAUCGUAAAAAGGAAAUGAUUAAAUAUUUAAAUUAUCAAGUAGCACCAUCGGAACUUGAAACAUUCAUACAGAAAAUUGAAGGCGUUAAAACAGUUUGCGUUGUUGGAAUUCCUGAUUACAUAAGUGGCGAUCUCGCAUCUGCAAUUGUUGUUAAAGAAGAAAACAGUUAUUUAACAGAGCAAGAUAUUGUCGAUGAAGUGACACGAUUUUUCCCGCAAUUCAAGCGACUUCAUGGUGGAGUUUAUUUCGUUGAUUCACUUCCGAUAACACCAUCUGGAAAAAUAAAGAAAGUUGAAGUCAGAAAAAUGGCAACUCAACUCUAUAAAGUGCAUGAAAUAAAUGGAAAUUAUUAAAUAACUCAUUAUGUGUUUAAUGUCAUGUUAGCAAAUUUUGAUGUAAUAAAAUGAGGU